AGGAUGGUGGGGGACCAGGCUCCCCGUUGUCCUCCAGUCGGACAGUCAAUCCUCGUAGACCCUUUUAACAAAACCGAUCUCGUGAUUUAAAUUUGUUUCUUCAGUCAGUGUCAAUCCGUGCGUUUUGGAACCCAGCGGAGGUGCGAGUCCCAUCAUGGUCCUGCAAGAAACGACGGCGCCAUCGGAUUUCUACCUGAUUUAAAAACAAAAUAUUUAGCUGACAAACAAGAUAAAAGACGAUGUAAAAACGGCCUAAUGACUUUUACUGCCCGGUGAUGCUGGGUAGGGGAUCGCCAGGCAUGGCGUGUCCCUUGGCGAAACUGGGGCGGAGUUCGCCCGACUAUUACGGUUCGAGCCUCGACCAGGGUUAUCACACGCUCGUCUCGACGCAGUGCUGGCCGGAAAAAAGCGCGAAGAGAUCUCAGAGGUCUCAUUUCGACCGGCUGCCCGACGAUGCCGUCCUCAGCAUCUUCCAGUGGCUCGACUCGGCCGAGCUGUGCAUAUGCGCCAGGGUGAGCAGGAGGUGGGAAACUCUCGCCUGGGAUCCUUCCCUAUGGACCAACCUCACGCUCAACGGAGAGAAUCUCUCUGGGGACAAAGCCAUAAGGUGCAUUGUGAGGAGGCUGUGCAGUUCUCAAGGGAGGGCAUCCUUGAAAAAGGUCGCCUUGAGCGAAGGCGCUUACAUGACAGAUAAAGGUUUGGUCAUGCUUGCGAGGAGAUGCCCUGAACUAACUCACGUCCAGCUCCACGGCUGUUCCGCCAUAACCGACACCGCUCUUUUCGAACUGGUCACCAAAGCGACCAAUCUCCAUCAUCUCGAUAUCACAGGGUGUGUGAAAAUAUCUUGCAUUAGUGUGACACCAGGACCUGAGCCGCCUCGACGUCUACUUCUACAAUAUCUAGAUCUGACAGAUUGUUCAGCAGUUGAUGAUGGAGGAUUGAGAGUAGUAGUUCGAAACUGUCCGCAACUUGUAUAUUUAUAUCUCCGGCGAUGCACAAAAAUCACAGACGCUGGAAUUAAAUUUGUGCCAAGUUUUUGUUCUGGGCUUCGAGAGCUUUCGGUAUCUGACUGUAUGCAGGUGACCGAUUUUGGCCUUUAUGAAUUGGCAAAACUCGGAGCGACACUGAGGUAUCUCUCGGUCGCAAAAUGUGUCAGGGUCAGCGAUGCUGGAUUGAAAGUGAUCGCUAGAAGGUGUUACAAGCUUCGUUAUUUAAAUGCAAGGGGCUGUGAAGCUGUAAGCGAUGACUCUCUGACGGUGGUCGCCCGAUCGUGUCCAAGGCUACGAGCGCUCGACGUUGGCAAAUGUGACAUAAGCGACGCAGGACUUAGAGCUCUGGCCCAGUCGUGCCCGAACCUCAAGAAACUCAGUCUGCGGUUGUGUGAACUCGUAACGGAUCGAGGUGUCCAAUGCGUGGCUUAUUACUGUCGCGGCCUCCAGCAGCUCAACAUCCAAGACUGCCAAAUAUCUAUCGAGGGAUACCGGGCUGUCAAGAAAUACUGCAAAAGGUGUGUGAUAGAACACACAAACCCCGGUUUCUUCUAGGCAUUGGACUUUAAUUUUUAAGAAAAGAAAAAAUUAGGCAAAUAAAUUAUGUGAAUGUUUAUUUAUAAUUAUGAAUUUUUAAAU